AUGGCAGCAUACCACCCAGAGUUUGACCGGGCUGGGAAGCAGCCAGGCCUUCAGGUGUGGAGGAUUGAGAAGUUUGACCUGGUGCCUGUUCCAUCAAACCUCCACGGGGGAUUCUACUCAGGCGAUGCCUACGUCAUCCUCAACACCAUCAAACAGCGCUCCGGGAACCUGCAGUACGACCUUCACUUCUGGCUAGGCGAUUUCUGCACCCAGGAUGAGAGUGGCUCGGCAGCCAUCUUCACCGUCCAGAUGGAUGACUACCUGGGAGGCAAACCCAUCCAAUACCGCGAGGUCCAGGGACACGAGUCCAAAGCCUUUCUGGGCUACUUCAAAACUGGCAUCAAAUACAUGAAAGGCGGUGUGGCGUCUGGGUUCAAGCAUGUUGUCACCAACGAGGUGACGGUGCAGCGCGUGCUCCAGGUCAAAGGUCGCCGUGUUGUCCGGGCAACUGAAGUGCCAGUCAGCUGGGACAGCUUCAACCAGGGAGACUGCUUCAUUUUGGACCUUGGUGACGAGAUUUACCAAUGGUGCGGCUCACAGAGCAACCGCUUUGAGAAACUGAAGGCCACUCAGGUCGCCAAGGGUAUACGUGACAAUGAGCGCAGCGGCAGGGCUCGUGUUUAUGUCUGUGAUGAGGGCAUGGAGAGAGAGAAGAUGUUAGAGGUCCUCGGCGCUAAACCAGAUCUGCCUGAAGGGGCCUCUGAUGACAUCAAAGCCGACGCCUCACACCGGAAGAUGGCCAAACUCUACAAAGUGUCCAACGCCACGGGAGACAUGACCAUUGCACUUGUGGCAGCGGAGAACCCGUUCUCUCAGAGUGCCUUGGAGUCCGGCGACUGCUUUAUUUUGGAUCAUGGCUCUGAUGGCAGGAUCUUUGUCUGGAAAGGCAAAGAUGCCAACAUGGAUGAGAGAAAGGAAGCCAUGAAGGCGGCAGAUGAGUUCAUCAAGAAGAUGGGCUAUCCCAAACACACGCAGGUCCAGAUCCUGCCGGAGAUGGGCGAGACGCCACUUUUCAAGCAGUUCUUCAAAAACUGGCGGGACAAAGAUCAGACCGAGGGCCUGGGCGUGGCCUACAUCUCUAACAGCAUUGCCAGGAUUGAAAAAGUGCCUUUCGAUGCUUCCACCCUUCAUGACUCCCCUGCCAUGGCAGCCCAGCAUGGCAUGGUGGAUGAUGGUACUGGAGAGAAACAGAUCUGGCGUAUUGAAGGAGCAGACAAGGUGCCAGUGGACCCAUCCACAUAUGGGCAGUUCUAUGGAGGAGACAGCUAUAUUAUCCUGUAUAACUACCACCAUGGAGGACGCCAGGGUCACAUUAUCUACAUGUGGCAGGGCAUUGACUCAAGCCAGGAUGAAAUCGGGGCCUGUGCCAUCCUGGGCGCCCAGCUGGAUGAUGAGCUCGGCGGUGGGCCUGUGCAGGUAAGGGUGGUCCAGGGUAAGGAGCCGGCCCAUCUGAUGAGCCUGUUUGGAGGGCAGCCCAUGGUGGUGUACAAGGGAGGUACGUCCCGAGAGGGAGGCCAGACCGCCCCUGCCGAAACGCGCCUCUUCCAGGUGCGCUCCAACUCAGCAGGACACACGCGAGCUGUGGAGCUUGACGCCGUGGCAUCCAACCUGAAUUCCAAUGACGCUUUUAUUCUGGUGACUCCCGGAGGCUCCUUCAUGUGGGCCGGACAGGGUGCCAGUGACACGGAGAAACAGGGAGCCCAGCAGCUGUGUGGCAUCCUGGGAGUGUCUGCCUCCGAGCUGCCUGAGGGAGGAGAGAGCGAUGACUUCUGGGAAGCCCUGGGAGGAAAGGCUGAGUACCGCACCUCAACCAGGCUCAAGGACAAGAUGGACGCCCAUCCACCCAGGCUCUUCGCCUGCUCCAACAAAACUGGAAACUUCAUUAUUGAAGAGGUACCUGGGGAGAUGACCCAAGAUGACCUUGCCACUGAUGAUGUCAUGAUCCUCGACACCUGGGAGCAGGUGUUUGUCUGGAUUGGCAAUGAGGCCCAGGAGGAAGAGAAGACUGAAGCAAUGGCCUCAGCGGUGCGGUACAUUGAGACAGACCCCGCCAACCGAGACCGCAGGACACCCAUAGUGAAGAUCAAGCAAGGCUUCGAGCCACCCACCUUCACCGGCUGGUUCCUGGGUUGGGACCACGACUACUGGACCAGCGACCCCCUGGAGCGGGCCAUGGCUGAACUGGCGCUGUAAGGCCACACCAGGACCCCGCCCACUACCACCACCACCACCACCACCACCCUCCCCCACGACUCUUGACCCUGCUGUCCCACCGCAAGCACUGAGCUGCAGUCCUAAGACUUUCAAGAGACAGUCACCAGUAAUCUGCCAAACUUCCUGCCCUCACAAUGAGAGGAGAUGGAUUUUUCUUGUUUUUUUUGUUUUGUUUUUGUUUUUGUUUUUUUACUUUGAAUAAUUGUUGUGUUUGUAAAGGCUGAUUAGCACACAGAAGUCCUGUGCGAGGGAUCCAGAUAGAAGGUGCACUAUGUUAAUUCACUUUGUCCUGCAUGCAAAAGUAAGGCUUUUAUAUCUACUAUGAAGUGAGUAAGUAAGUAACCAAUUGAAAUACAGCUUAAAUGGAUGCCCAGGCUUCCUUUAGGGUUUUGCACUUAACACAAUCUGUCACAAUGACUUUUAAUUAAAUAUAUUUUAAUGUAUCUAUUAUGUUUUUUUAUAUAGUUUUUGACAGUAAAACCUGCUCACUACUGCACUGUAAUUAGAGCAAAAUAUACAGUAAGACAUAAAAAGCCUUGAGUGUGUUGUAGCGUUGGAAAAUUCACUGCCAAGAAUAUGUCACCUUUAAAAAGCAAUACAACAAAUGCCUUAAUUUUCUUUCCUUCAGUUUUUUAGUUGUUUUAAAAGGUACUAUACCGUGUUAUUUGAUGGAUUUGUUAUUUGUACUUUCAGGAGUUUAGUAGAUACCUCUUCACGAGGGGCGUUACUUAGGUAUUUAUUUGCAAAAAUGCCACAGCUUCCCAUUUGGCUGUGGCCUGUGCCAGAGUGCCUACCCAGGAAGCUUGUGCAAUGCUGCAGUGGCCUACUUUCAUGGGAAAUCAAAGCUUUGCUGCUUUCCAAGCCAAUCACAUCCCUUGUUUUAUUUUCUGUGGUUUCCCAAGCCUUGCUGCUGUUUCAAUAAAACCUAAUGGAAAACAUA